GCUACAACCAACGGGACCUGGCUUCCUUUAUUCAGGGGACUCAGGAUGAGACGCUGGGUGGAACCCCGUGACACUGUGACAUGUCAAAGAAUCGUGGAUGACAUGAGGCGUGUGUGUGUAGAGUCAGUGGGUUCAGUCCCCACACACCCCAUGUUACACGGAGAUCUGGAGGCCUUGGGGAAGAGAAUUGUUAUGAUUAUCUAUCACCACCACAAACCAGUUAUGUUUAAUGCAAUUUUGAAGGUUGACGGCAUUGUAGGCUACGACGUCCCUAUUUUCUACGUUGGUUUGGUGAUGGUCGUAAACCAGAUGAAACGAAAAGGUCUUCAGAAAAUCACUAUACUCAACGUUUUGUUACUUUUUCUCAACUAUCGCAUUUCUACAUUUGACCUCACGGAUGCUGGUCGCUCUGCUAGUGGUCUCCGCCUAGCUAACGACUAUCUGGACAACCCAUACCCGAACUACAGGAAACCUGAUUUGACGCCAAGUCCAGAGCAGGUGCUCGUUGCCAAGCACGUGAUCCUCAAGCACAAACCAGACUUAGGUAGUAGUCCAGCUGCUACUUUAAAUGUCCAAUCUUUCGUGUUGGAAAAUACUCUGGCAGAAGAAAAAGGCGGCUCGGCACAACUGGUUAACGCAAUACAGGAUGGCAGGAGUAAAAAUGAUGAAAUCAACUCAUUUUUGAAGUCACGCGUUGGAGACAUGCAAAAUGACGCAUUGUUCUGCAUCGGGAAAGCUAGGCUUAUCAGCGGAAUCCUUACUCUAGGAAAGAGGUUUUUUGAGAGAAAGCGGGUUUGACGCACUUUGAAUUUGAAUGAAAUAUUGAACCAACCACGCAACAGCUUUAACAUGAAAUCUUGCGGGCUAUAUAUAUGAAAUCAACACAUUUUUGAAGUCACAUGUUCGAGACAAAAUGACUCGUUGUUUUGCAUCAAGAAGCCUGGGCUUGUAAGCCUAAUCUUUUCACUGGGAAUGAUCAGGUUUGUUAAAAGGGAGAUGAUUUGGGUAUUAUGAACAUAGCCAACAUGAGGCAGUAUUUCUUGUUCUGGAAAUUCCUUGAGGAAAUUGGUGAUAACAAUGCCUGAUAUGACGGCUGGAGUAGAACAUUAGAAUUAUUGCAUUUAUGACAUCACAGAAAGGAUAUCUACCCAUUGAUGUCUUCUUUUCCCCGGAAAAUCUGGUUUGAAUUUGUAUUCUUUCUCGUAGCAUUAUGUUAGUGCAUAUCCUAGUCUCAACUUCUUUAAACAAUUAAAUUGCAUUUUUUGUGUCGGUAACGGGCAUACAAUUGAUA